UUAUCUCUCUCUCUCUCUUUCUUUAAAGACUUGCAUAUUCUAAUAAUGGAGGAGCUAGAUUUUAGUUCUAAAACAACUACUUCUCGUUUAAAGCUAUUUGGAUUCAGUGUUGAUGGAGAAGAAGAUUUCUCCGAUCAAUCAGUCAAAACAAACCAAUCUUCCAUAUCACCUGAACGUGGCGAGUUUCCGGCGGGUUCUUCCGGAAGAAGUGGCGGCGGUGGUGCAAGAAGCCGAGGAGGAGGAGGAGGAGGAGAGCGUAAGUACGAGUGUCAGUACUGUUGUAGAGAGUUUGGUAACUCGCAAGCUUUGGGAGGUCACCAAAACGCACACAAGAAAGAGCGUCAACAGCUUAAACGCGCUCAGCUUCAAGCUACAAGAAACGCAGCCGCGAGUUACUCAAACGCUGCAUCAGCGUCGUCUCACUUCUUACGGAACCCUAUAGUCUCUGCCUUUGCUCCUCCGCCUCAUCUCUUACCAUCAUCUUCUUCCGCCGUGUCUCCUCAGCCUAUGGCAGGUCCUUGGAUGUAUCUUCCACGUGUCUCUCCUUCUCAGCUCCAGGUGUCACAUGGUUGCGUGAUCCAAGAUAGUUCCGGUGGUGGUGGUGCGGGUGCGGGUGGGUUCUCGUACGAGUAUGGUGGAGUUCGUGAGUCUGGGUUUGGGAUUGUUGGGUCUCAGAUGAGACACGUUCAGGCCCAUGGGCCGAGACCAUCGGUGAAUGGGUUUUCAAGAGAAGUGGGAACUACGUUCGAUGAUGGUUUAGGGUUGGAUUUGCAUCUCAGUCUUGCACCAGCUGGUCAUUGACAUUUUCUUUUUAAGCUCUUGUAUAUUUUCUACAUUUUUAAUUAAUUUAUUUAUUUUUAGUCUUU